AUGUCUUUUUUCCAAAAUUUCAACACCCAUUCGUUGAGAACAACUAGAGGCUUUAAGUUAAAGCUGAGCUCCCCCAUAUCCAGCCCGCAGCCGCUAUCUAACACAGCUGCUCUUCCGCCUUUGCCUCCAGUGAAUAUUGGUUCGCUUAACGAUGAGGAAAAUCUUGCUCAUUCUUCAAUGAACCUCUCGUCAAAUAUGGCAACGCAAACGGUAACUUCACACAAGGACAUCAGAAACUACGCCGAACAAACAUUAGGUUCUGACAACGCCUUAAUUAAAGCAGUGAAGCUUCCAAAGGAUGAAGAUAUCAAUGAGUGGCUAGCUGUGCACGUGGUUGACUUCUAUAACCAGAUAAACAUGUUAUAUGGAACAAUCACUGAGUUUUGUUCCCCAAAGUCAUGCCCAAGAAUGAUUGCUACGGAAGAAUACGAAUACUUGUGGCAGGAUACGAAUCCAUCUGCCAACGGGUCUGCGUCUCCUAGAAAGCCUGUCUCCUUACCAGCGUGUGAAUACGUGGAGAACUUGAUGAACUGGAUUCAAGGUUUCUUCGAUAAUGACAACAUCUUUCCGUCCAAAAUUGGAGCCCCCUUUCCACAACAAUUCCCCAACUUGGUCAAGACAAUAUUCAAGAGACUUUUGCGGGUGUAUGCGCACAUUUAUUGCCAUCACUUCCAUGAGAUCUCAGAAUUGGGUUUGCAAAGUCAUCUUAACACCAGCUUGAAGCACUAUGUUCUUUUUUCUAAAGAGUUCGACUUAAUUAGCAAAAAAGAUUAUGGUCCAUUGGAGGAUUUGAUUCUAACUAUGUUGAAAUCGUGA